AUGUCCCUGAAUGGAACAUGAAGCCGUACCCUUACUUGGCUGUUGUGUCUCCUGAGGCCCCUGCGGGAACGUCUGUCUACCAGCUUCAGGCCCAUGACGGGGAUGAGGGCAGAAGUGGAAAAGUUGAAUACUUUUUGUCAGAUGGCGGUGAUGGUUGCUUUGCUGUGGACAAGAAGACAGGCCAGGUGGUGACCACCGGGCUGGUGCUUCAGAGGGAGAGAGAGUACUUGUUAAGUGUGGUGGCCCUCGACGGCAUGGGAAGCCACAGUGCACCUGCCAUGCUCUCUUUGGUGGCAGGGGCCAGAGCACCGCAGUUCACCAAUGCCAGCUACGCCAUCUCUAUACCAGAGAACACGCCUGAAGGACAGCCGUUCCUGGUUGUGUUAGCCAAUUCUUUCCAGAAUCAGCAAAUCAGCUACAGCCUGCUGAUCAAUCCUAGCAGCCUUUUCAGCAUUCGGAAGGAGACUGGAGAGAUCAGCCUGACGAGAACGCUGGAUUAUGAGAGUGACCAACGACGCUACCUUCUGAUGGUGCGAGCUAGCGAGGAGCCCGGCACCCUCAGCACUGCCACAGAGGUUCAGGUGUUGAUAACGGAUGAGAACGAUUGUGUCCCUGAGUUCCUCCAGUCCAUCUACAGUGUAGAUGGAGUCCCUGAGACUGUAACCACGGCAACAUCCCUGCUGCAGGUUUUAGCCACUGACUGUGAUUCGGGGUUAAACGCUGAGCUCACUUAUUACACCCUGAGCCCGGAUUUCAGCAUUUCACCCCACGGGACUGUUUUCCCUGCAAGGCGGCUCGACUAUGAGAGGACUAACCAUUUGUAUGAAUUUGUGGUGAUGGCAGUGGACAGUGGGGACGAGCCUCACUCUGGCACUGCCACGGUUCGUGUGAGGAUGGCAAAUGUCAACGAUGAAGCCCCUGAAUUCUCCCAGUCUGUAUACCGAACAUUUGUUUCUGAGGAUGCAGGUCCCAACACCCUUGUUGCUACGGUUCUGGCCAAAGACCCAGAUGGUGAUGGAAUAAUAUACUUCAUAACAGCAGGCAACGAAGAGGGAAACUUCGUCAUUGACAGUCAGAAAGGGUUGAUUCGUCUCCGCUCCAAUCCUUUGCCCAAACUUCAAGGUUUGGAGUACAUCCUGAAUGUAACGGCCACAGAUGACAAUGCAUCAGGCGGACCGCACUCUCUCUCCUCCACCGCCAGGGUCAUCGUUGGAGUUGAUGAUGUCAACAACAACAAGCCUAUAUUUGAGGAGUGCCAGCAAUAUCGUGAACAGGCUUCAGUACUGGAGAACCAGCCAACGGGGACUUUUGUAUUGCAAGUGCAUGCAGUGGAUGCAGAUGAGGGAGCAAAUGGAAAAGUCAAAUAUGGCUUAAUGCAUAGAGACAGCGCCAUGCCUGCCUUCAGAAUCCAUCCAGACACAGGAGUGAUUGUGACAGCCAGGCGCUUUGACAGGGAGCGGCAGAGAGAGUACUCAAUUACAGUAACGGCCACUGAUUGGGCUGAGGAGCCGCUCAUCGGCAUCUGUCAGCUCACCAUCCAGAUACUGGAUCAGAAUGAUAACAGCCCCAAAUUUGAGAAUUUGCGCUAUGAAUACUUUUUGAGAGAAGACACCUUGGUUGGCACCAGUUUCUUGCGUGUGGCAGCUCAUGAUGAUGACUUCGGCACUAAUGCAGCCAUCGCUUACUCCAUGUCGCUGGAGCAGCCUGAAUAUCUGCAGGUUAACCCUGUCACUGGAUGGGUCUACGUGAACCAGCCCAUAUCUCAGAGGACCUAUAUUACAAGGGAAAUUAUAGCAACUGAUGGAGGAAACCGCAGCACUUCGGUGGAGUUGGCAGUCACCAUCACUAAUGUAAAGAACCAGCCUCCGCAGUGGGAAAAAGACAGCUACAACGUGGUCAUCCCUGAGAACACUGCCAGGGACACACCCAUAGUGACCAUCAAGGCAACCUCUCAGCUGGGUGACCCAAGAGUGACCUACAACCUUGAGGACGGGAUGGUACCUGAAACCAACAUGCCAGUUCGUUUCUACCUCUCCCCCAACCGGGAAGAUGGCAGCGCGUCCAUUCUGGUGUCAGAGCCACUGGACUACGAGACCACUUCCUUUUUCUCUCUCCAGGUCCGGGCGCAGAAUGUUGCCGCAGUGCCUCUCGCUGCUUUCACAAGAGUUUAUGUUAAUAUUACAGAUGUCAAUGACAACGUGCCAUUCUUCACAUCCUCCAUCUACGAGGCUUCAGUAACAGAAGGAGCCCAGAUUGGGACUUCGGUUCUCCAGGUGUCUGCACACGACAAAGACCUGGGUCUUAACGGCGAGAUCACUUACUCUCUGCUUAAUGACAGCAGUGGGGACCACCGUUUGUUUCGUAUUGACCCAAAACAUGGAAUCAUCUACACAGAGGCUGUGUUUGACCGUGAGGCUCGUAGCUCGUACUUGCUGGAAGUUCAGUCAGAGGAUGGCCAAGAGUCAGCACGGCCUGGCAAAAACAAACAGCCCAACACAGACACAGCGUAUGUGAGGGUUUUCAUCAGCGACGUCAACGACAACAAGCCUGUCUUUGCUCAGCGGCUGUAUGAAGUUGGUGUUGACGAGAAUGCAGAUGUGGGCCUGGCUGUUGUCACUGUUAGUGCUAAUGACGAGGAUGAAGGGGCCAAUGCCAAGCUGCGCUACCAGAUAACUUCUGGCAACAAAGGUGGUGCUUUUGACAUCGAACCAGAGGUUGGGACAAUCUUUAUUGCACAGCCACUGGACUAUGAACAACAAAAGCGGUACAAGCUACUGGUGCUGGCCUCAGACGGGAAGUGGGAAGACUACGCUGCUGUUGUAGUCACUGUGGUUAAUAGGAACGAUGAGGCACCUGUGUUCUCCAUGAAUGAGUACUAUGGAUCAGUCACAGAGGAGCUUGAUGGAUCACCUGUGUUUGUAUUACAGGUGACGGCCACUGACCCGGACAAAGAUGCAGACCAGGAUGCCAUUCGGUACUCCAUCCAUGGUCAAGGAGCAGAGUCAUAUUUCAUGAUCAAUGACAUCACAGGGGAGAUGUAUGCUCAGCGUACCAUGGACCGGGAAGAGCGUGCUGUCUGGCGUUUUGUUGUCAUGGCGACGGAUGAAGAGGGCGAGGGACUCACUGGGUUUACAGAUGUUAUUAUCAACGUGUGGGACAUCAAUGAUAAUGCCCCCACCUUCUCAUGUGCACCUGAUAACUGCCUCAGCAAUGUGGCAGAGAACUCUCCUCCUGGAACAUUCGUGGUGGAGAUGACAGCGGUAGAUCUUGAUGAUGCAGCCGUUGGUCAAAACGCCAUCCUCACUUACCGGAUUACAGAGAAUGCAAUUAAUUCAAAUAAGGCUGACCUUUUCGCUAUUGAUUCUAGCACUGGCACCAUAUCUGUGGCAGCAGAGGGUUUGGACCGAGAGCUUGCUGACAGACACCACCUGGUAGUGGAGGCCAGGGAUGGCGGAGGUAUGACAGGUACAGCAACUGUAACGAUUGUUGUAACAGACAUCAACGACCAUGUGCCAAGAUUUAAGGACGAUUGGUGUGGUGCUCGUGUACCUGAAAGCACACGUGAAGAUGCUUCCCUUCUGGAGCUGAGUGCUGUGGACCCUGAUGAUGGCACAUAUGGACAGCUGGCGUUCAGUGUGGUGGCAGGAGAUUCAGAGCAACGAUUCUACAUGGUUAGUCACAGACUGGAGCAGAUGGGCACUCUGAGGCUGAGGAAAAAGCUGGACUUUGAGCAGCCAGGGGAGCAGCGGUUUAACCUCAGCAUCAGGGUAGAGGAUUCUGACUUUGCCAACAUCAUCCACUGUCUGAUUCUGGUGGAGGAUGAGAAUGACAAUGCCCCUGUGUUUACACCAAGCUCCCACUUGCUCUCCCCUUUGUCUGAGGAUGUGGCUGUGGGGACCAGUAUAAUUCAGGUCGUGGCCACUGACUCUGACUCAGGCCUUAAUGGGAAUGUUUUGUACAGCAUUCUCCCCCAGUCAGACCCAUACGGGCAUUUUUCAGUCAGCCGUGCCGGCGUUGUCACUGUCGCAAAGCCGUUGGAUAGGGAGACAGUGGCAAGUUAUGAGCUGGUUGUCAUGGCGACAGACCGUGGUACACCAGCGUUGACUGGCAGUGUUACGGUCCACUUGCCAUUGCUCGACAUGAAUGAUAACGGGCCAGAGCUGGAGACAGCCUACAUGCCUGUGCUGUGGGAGAACGGUCCAGCACCUCAAGUGGUCUGGCUUAACCAGAGCUCAACUCUGCUUCACGUUGUGGACAGAGAUUCCCCUGAGCACGGGCCUCCUUUCUUUCUCUCUCUACCCUCAGUUUACUCUGCUGAUUUCCACCUCUUGGACCACGGGAACGGCUCUGCCACGCUCACCACCCUGCGGAGAUUCGACAGGGAAAGACAGAAAGAGUUCCACUUACCGGUGAUAAUGAUUGACAGUGGCAUUCCCCAGAUUACAGCAACAAACACUCUCACCAUCACUAUUGGUGAUCAUAAUGACAAUGCCCACCAGGCAGGAGAAAAAGAUGUCUAUGUGCAUACCCGUAAGGGAAGGAUGGCAAAUGCAGUACUAGGGAAGGUGUAUGCCCCAGAUCCAGAUGACUGGGACAACAAGACCUACACUCUGGAGACAAGUGCAGCCAAGUAUUUUAGUUUGAACCAGAGCUCAGGAGUGCUGACCAUCCGACAGAGCACUCCAGCAGGCAGCUACUGGUUGAGGGUGGAGGUUUCCGAUGGGGUGUGGCCGGAUGUGAUCUCAGGAGUAAGAGUUCAUGUCAGGGAGCUGGAGGAAAAAGCCAUCCUGUCGUCCGGCUCAUUGCGUUUGACAGGCAUUACAGCGAGAGAGUUUAUCGACACUAACGUUGAGGGGAAGAGUCGACUGGAGGCGUUCUGGGACUUCCUGUCUGAAACCCUAUCCGUCAGACCAGGAACUAUCAACAUUUUCAGCAUAGCAGACGUAGAGAAGAAAACAGUGGACAUCCAUUUCUACGUGCUAACUGAUAAUGGAUACUUGCACCCAGAGAAACUGCACAGUAUCCUCGCAGCACAUAAAAAGAAGCUGCAGUCAAUCCUCCGCACGUAUGUGAGCCAGGUGCAGGUUGAUGAGUGUGUGCGCACAAGCUGCAAGACAUCCGGUGGCUGCUACACACAGUUAAGCAUCAGUGACUCACCCACCUUGAUAGACUGUGGCGCUUUAUCCCUGGUCUCAGUGAAAGUUACAUCCUCGGCUGUGUGCGGCUGCGCUGCCAGGGAAUUGACCCACCAACCCUGCUCCUCCUAUCCCAGUAAUCCCUGCCUAAAUGGGGGAACGUGUGUCGAUACCCAGAAUGGAUACAGGUGCCACUGCCCCCCGCAGCUUGAGGGUCCAAAUUGUCAGCAGACGAUUCUUAGUUUCCUUGGCAACGGUUAUGCCUGGUUUCCUCCCAUAAGGCCAUGCUUUGAUAGCCAUCUUUCACUGGAGUUUAUGGCAGAGGAAGAUGACGGACUGCUGCUGUAUGCUGGCCCGCUGGCCACUCUUUUACCUGGGGACAGUGAAGACUACAUGGCAAUAGAGCUUAUUGGCGGGACCCCUAGCCUUAAAAUCAACCACGGUUCUGGGACCCUGGUUCUCCAGUUAACAAAUAACAUUGGAGUGGCUGACAAACGCUGGCAUCGCCUUGAUGUGAGAAGCAACAGCAAAGAAGUACGCUUCACCCUGGAUCGAUGCUCCAGUGCAAUCGUCAUGGAGACAGAAGGUGUGAACUCAUGGGCCAUGACAGAGGAUCGUUCAUCCUGUGAAAUCCGAGGGGUCACCCCCAACAGGGACAAGUAUCUAAAUGGAAGUCAUGUGCUGCAGCUCGGAGGAGUCAAUGAGAACAUAUCAUAUGAAUACCCACAGCUCCAGCACAAGCAUUACACCGGAUGUAUAAGGAACCUAGUUGUGGACAGCAAGCUCUAUGACCUUGGUUCCCCUGCUGAAUCGUCCAACACUUUGCCUGGCUGCGGUCUUAUUGAUUACCACUGCACCAACGUGGAGCAGCUUCCCUCCUGUGGAAGGGGCCACUGUCAUGGGGAGCGGGGCUCUUUCAGCUGCCUGUGUGAAAAAGGGUUUACAGGCCCACAGUGUGAUCAAGUGUCUGCAGAGCUUUCCCUUGAUGGUCGGAGCCACAUUCAGAUCCAGCUGUUGUGGUCCUUGCCUACACGACAGACGAGGGUCCAGGUGGGGGUUCGCACCCGUGUUACCGCCGGUGUCAUUCUCAGCCUGUUGUCCCAGGAGCAGAGUGAAUAUCUACGCUUAGAGGUUGUUCAAGGCCUGCUGGCUGUUUUCUACAACCUUGGAGAUGGGGACUACAACAUCUCACUGCCCUAUCAUCGUCUAGAUGAUGGGGAGUGGCAUGAGGUGGAGCUGGAUCGGUAUGGCAGAGAGUUCACGCUAAGACUGGAUGGAGGUGGAGGACGACUGGAAGUUACAGCCUCACCCGGCCAAAGUCAGGAGAUCAUUAUUGAUCCGUCCGUGGUGAUGUUUGGAAAUUCCUUUCCCUCCGGACACAACCGCAGCUUCAUUGGCUGUUUACGAGAUGUAAGGUUCAACGGACGCUCCAUCCCUCUGGAUGCUGAACAGCCUUCAGAGGGGCUUCAGGUUGUCACUUCACAGGGUGUCUCUGUUGGCUGUUCUUCAGAUGCUUGCAAAAAGCAUCAAUGCUCCCCCCCCUUGGUCUGUGUGGACCUCUGGAGACACCAUGAAUGCAGGUGCCCUCCAGGUCAUAUGACCAGAGAGAGCCCAUUGGGCAAAGUGUGCAUUUACACGCUGUGUGCCAGCCGGCCAUGUCGCCACGGCACCUGCGUGGCCUACUCUCCUUCCCGCUACUCGUGUCACUGCAGCGAGGGUUACCGGGGCCGGCACUGCGAGGUGGCGCUCGCUGUUUUCCACAGCGAAAACGGCAACAGCCUCAGCCUCAGCUCCAUGUUCGCCAUCAGCAUCUGUGUUCUGGCCUUUCUAGUGUUGAUGCUGGGGCUGUUUCUCUACUCAUGCUGGAGGAGACACAAGGGCCUCAAGGAAGGCGUGUACCACGUGUCUGCACACCACGGCGAGUGGGAGGACAUCCGAGAGAAUGUUCUCAACUAUGACGAAGAAGGAGGAGGGGAGCAGGACCAGAAUGCCUUUAACAUGGUGGAGCUGCAGCGCUCCCUCCAGCCCAGCCCUGCGCAGUCACUUCGCUACAGCUAUCCACAGAGCAUCAUCUCCUACCCGCAGACUAAGCUUCCCCAGGACAACAACAAGAAGGGCAUGCCAAAUGGGAAUGGCAGCGCAGCUAUUGCCUUGCGCCUGGCCAUUCCUCCUACAGAUGCAGAAACCUUAUCGUCCCCUCUGACCUUCCGCCGCUCUCAGAGAGCCUUCUCCUUCUCCAGCCAAGACUUAGCUCGCUACUUGUGUGAGGUCAUGAGGGACAUGGAGCACCCAGAGGAGCUCGGCACCAGGACAACACCGCGCCGUCCCUCCGGAAAGCAGCGCAGCCUUGCAGCGGUACGCUCCCUGAGCUCCCUCAAUGCAUCUCAGGAUUCAGAAAUCAGGCUUGAGGCAGCACAGAGCACCCGGAUGGACAGGUUCAAAACCCUCCGAGCUGUGGUGUGCGAUUUAAGAGGAGACUCCAAGACCCUGCAGGCCCAAAGAGACAAACUUAAGGAGAGCAGAGGGCAGCUGAACUGUGAGAAGAGCGGGUGAGGCUGUACUUGGAGACACAGAACUGCAAGUUGCAAAAGAGCAACACUAAUCAGAAGUCAGUGGUGGAAAUCCAAAGGGAGUUAAUUAAAUGUGAAAUACUUUGAGACUGGGAGUUUGCCCAGGGUCUAUGUGAAGUCUGCUAUAAAUGUACUGUAUUGAUGAAACUUUGAACAUUUAUGUUCUUUGAUAUAAAAGAUGUUUACCAAUGAAUGAUCAGAUGUGAUGUAUUGUUUACCUGGCAUUGCACUGUACAGUAUUUACUUCACAGAAAGCACUUUUUGGAAGUGACCUGUGUCAAAACUACUUAUGUCAUUUAACUCAUCAAGAGUAAUGUCUGCAAGUAAGAUGGCCAAUGAGUUUCCUGCGAGAUAACUGGAUUCUCUUUGCUUUUAAUGACUCAUGAAUUCAUUUGUGACAAAUUGAAUUUGCUUCAUUUGUAUUAUCUAUUUCCUUUUAAAUAAAAUGAGUAUCUUUGAUAAUA